AUGCCAAUGCUUGCAGAUAGUGAUAACCUUCCCCCAGAUGACUUUAUACAAGAUGGUGUGGCCUUUUGUAACACCACUAUUCGUCAAACCGUACGACUAUCAAUUGGAACCGAGAAAUUCUUGCGAGUCAGGCUAUCGAAUGCGUUUGGGUCUAAGCCCAUUACCUUAUCACAAACAACGCUGGCACUAGCGACCAAGGAUAAGUCGGGGACCACAGAGAUUCAUUCCGAAACCAUACAGAGCGUCAGAUUUGGCGGAAGCGAAUCUUCUAUUAUUCCAGCCGGAGCGCUUAUGGUUUCUGACGCCGUAAAUUUUGGGUUUCCCUUAAACUCUAAUACUGUAUUGAGUAUCAGUAUCUUCUUUGAAACUGGUCAUGACGCACAGUGCAUAGUUACGCACCCAGGUAGUCGCACUACCUCGUAUUUCACUAAAGGCAAUCAUGUGUCUGAGGGUGACUUCAAUCACCUUACCGUCAAGCAGAAUGAUCACUGGUACUACAUUAGUGGUGUCGAAGUGUUUGCACCUCGAGAUACGCGAGCCUUUGCCCUCAUUGGAGACAGCAUUACAGACGGCAGAUGCAGCAUCACGAAUGGCGAUACCCGGUGGCCGGAUAUCUUAUUUAGGCGACUACAAGCCAGUACAUCCGGAUUACAUACUUCCUUGGCGAUAGUGAACCAAGCGGCCGGAGGUAAUCGUGUUAUGGAUGAUGGUCUUGGACCCAGCGUGCUGAGUAGACUUGAUAGAGACAUUAUAUCUCUUUCUGGUGUCAGCUGCGUUAUGAUAUUUGAAGGCAUAAACGAUAUUGGCAUGGAACCCGCCGAUUCCUGUAGUCAAGGGGCCCUUAGCAAUCGGCUAAUUGCAUCGUAUAAGCAAAUUGCUAUCCGACUAAGAUCGCAGGGCAUUGCAAUCUUUGUAGCGACGUUGACGCCUUUUGGCCUUUCGCAAGUGGACCCUAAAGAGGAGUCAACGAGACAGGCUGUCAACAACUGGAUUCGCACAAGCAGUAUCUUCGACGCUGUCAUUGACUUCGAUGAGAUCUUACGGGACCCAGCACACCAUUCGUUACUAAAAAGAGAAUAUGACUCAGGCGAUGGAUUACACCCUAAUCAGAGCGCAUUUUACGCCAUGGCAGACUCUUUUCCGAUCGACAUUUUCGAGAAACUAUUUUAA